AUGAGAUACGAGAAGAUAGAUAGCAAACUGUUUAUUGGCAAUAGAAAAAACUUUAUCAAACACCUGCCACCAAAAUCGCUGGCCAUAUUCAAUGCCAAUGACAUUUUACCCGGCAAUGCCGAUGGCACCCUGCCUCUGGUGCAAAACCGCGAUCUAUUCUAUCUCACCGGUGUUGACCAGGAGGAAAGUAUUUUGGUAGUGUUUCCCGAUGCUUACCAGGAGCAUCACCGAGAAAUUCUCUUUGUAACCGAAACCAACGAUGAAAUUGCCCGCUGGGAAGGUGAAAAACUUACCAAAGCCGCAGCCACAGAAGUUUCGGGCAUCAAAAACGUACAAUGGCUCAAAGAUUUUGAUAAAAUCAUGAAAGACCUGAUGAGCCAGGCCGAAAACGUUUACCUCAACACCAACGAACACCUUCGC